GAAGUCAAUUGAUCUGACAACUUCUACGAAAACCUUAUCAUUACCAAUUGAUAAAGACAUUGAAGUUGAAUCAACACAUAGCAAUGGCCAUGAUGACCACAAUGACCAUGAUGAUCGAGAUGACUGA